AUUUAGAAGAGGAUUCAAUGAAAGUAUUUAGGGAAGGGAUUAGUUUGGCUAUCAACUUUUGGUGGGUUAUUCGAUUGAAAAUUAGGCGCAAAAGCCUCUGUGACUAUGAGUCGUCCCCCGAGCGAUGUGUUGAAUGGCUUUGUGACACCAUAUUUUCUCGUUUCAUUCGAUCCAAACACCUGCCUUCAGCAACUAUUAAACUUCAACUCAAAUUUCAACUUAUUUCUUUCCUUAGUAAUGUUCCUCCUGAGGAUAACAGCAUUCUAGAGGUGUGUGAUCAACUAGUCUCUAUGUACCAAGAAUGCUUACAACAUGAUUUUAGCUCUGUUCAGAUUCUCAAGGAAGCCGAUGCUCAUCGGAAACGAGUAAAUAAGUUUCAAAUAGAUAGCCUACCCUCUAUUCAGAAAAAGAAGAAGACCAUACUUUACCUGCAAGAUUGUUUAUGGCAGGACUACCUUAAGGAUUUAAGCCAAUCCACCUCUUUUAAAGAGAGAUUCAAGAAUUCUAUUCUUCUCAGUAUUCGCCUUGGUGAUAUUCCCCCCUCCUACCUUGAGACAUUUGAGGAAGAGGUAACUAAGUUUGGAAUGGAAACUUACCUCAAAAAGUAUGGAAUGGAAACAACUCCCUCUGGUGAUAUCAUCCAGGAAGCCAACGUUAGUUGUUCUCUAAUCCAGGCUAAUUCUUCAUCCGAGAUUGAUUGUUCUAAUCUUACUAACUCAAUCAGAGUUUUUGAAGAAGGGGUUGGUUUGCUUAUGGAGGAUUUGUGGGUGCGUCAUGUCUUCAUUCACAACAAAUGUGGCUCUAAUCCCUCCCUAAUGCUUCAACAACUUGCUGAAGACAUCCUCUUUUGGUUCACUCAAACCAUAAAGCCGGUUUCUUUUGAUUACAUAGAAUGGAUAAUCAGGAACGAACUGUAUCCUCUCCCUAUUCUUGCUAAAAAUGCCUUUGCCACCACUCAAGAGGUAGCUAAGAAGCUCAUGGUUAUGUAUGAAGAAUGCUUACUAGAUAAUUUUAGCUCUGUCGUGACACUCCGGGAAGAAAACCUAUCUCGGGGGAGCUGCUCAACCUCAUCUAAUGAAGCUACAGAUGAGUGAUUUUGGAAUAAUCUCUUUGUAUUUAUGAUUAAUUUAUAUUCUGAAGAACAUUGCUUGAAUGAGAUGCAUGAUUUUGGAAUGGACUAUUCUUUAGCCAAGUGCAACUUGUCCAGACAGAGUACUGUAAUAUUUACCUUCACCAUAUUUUUUCGUAUCUGGUUAUACUUUAUGGUGACUGGUAUGGGAGUACAAUACGACAUUUAUGCCUUCCCGAUGUCAUAACCAAGUGUGACAUGACCAUGUGGCUUGUCAUAUGUAUAUUUUCUUUUGACUUCGAUUGCUGUUUGAAAAUAUGAUGCGAUUUGUGUUAGAACUUAGAGGAGUCUACCGAGCCACC